UUCUUGUCGCAUCACAUCACGGAGACAUCAUGCAGUACUUGCCUGGCAGUGAGAGAGAAACAUAUUUCCAGCGGUGUUCUCACACGGUGAGCAGGUGACUUAGGCUACCUUUCUUGGAACCGGACAUCGAUUUCCCUGUCACACCUAAGUUUCCCGGUUAAGUUCAGGUGGUGGUCCUGGCUGUCACUCAGGAUGACGACCACCCUCAUCCGACGAGGCAAGCGUGCUGCAGAUUCGUCCAUGGUGGGCAGACACGAUCCUGAGGAUGAGGACAGCCAGGGUGGUGGUCACUCAGACGAAGAGAAUGACUAUGACUCCUCCAAGGCUCUCCGACUCACUCUUAUGGAGGAAAUACUGCUGUUGGGUCUCAAAGACAAAGAGGGCUACACAUCGUUCUGGAAUGACAACAUCUCCUCUGGGCUGCGAGGCGGCAUUAUGAUCGAGCUGGCUAUCAGGGGGCGCAUUCACCUGGAGCCGCCCACCAUGAGGAAGAGGAGGCUCCUGGACCGCAAGGUGUUGUUGCGGUCAGAUGCCCCCACGGGGGACGUGCUGCUGGACGAGGCCCUUAAGCACAUGAAGGCCACGGAGCCCCCCGAGACUGUGAGCAGCUGGAUCCAGUUACUGACAGGCGAGACGUGGAACCCGAUGCGAAUGCACUACCAGAUGCGCAACGUGCGCGAGCGCCUGGCCAAGAGCCUGGUGGAGAAGGGCGUGCUGACCACGGAGAAGCAGAACUUCCUGUUCUUCGACAUGACCACGCACCCGCUGAGCAACAGCGGCCAGAAGGAGCAGCUGGUGGCCAAGCUGCAGGACGGCCUGCUGGACCGCUGGGCGGGCGAGCCGCAGCGCCUGGACCGCCGCACGCUGGCCCUGAUGGUGCUGGCGCACGCCUCCGACGUGCUGGAGAGCUCGCUGGGCUCGCUGUCGGACGAGCGCUUCGACACGGCGUCCGAGCGCUCCAAGACCGUGCUGGAGGCGGACGCCGACGCGCAGGCCUGCAAGAGCACCUCGCCCGCCGACGAGAUGAUCUGGGCCGUGUUGGCCGCCAGCAACGCCUGAGGGAGAGAGGGCCGUGCGUGUGUGUGUGUGUACGUGUGUUCAUGGGUAUGUGUGUGUGUGUGUGUGUAUAUGUGUGGAAGGUGUAGUUGACGGAGAGGCCUUUCCCAAACCUUGCACUCUUGCUCUCUUCUCGGCUACUCACAGAGAUGGGAACACUUUCCCCUCCUCAGGGGCAAUGGCUUAGUACUCGUUCAUCCUUGAGAUGAAGCCAUUAGCAGAAGAGAAUGAAGUGUCAGAGUGAUGUGUUUGGGUCUCUAUUUUUGUUUGUUUGUAUCUUUUUAAAAACAAAAAUCGAAGGUAACUUAUUUUUCUAUUUAUGAUUUUAUUUCUAUUCUAUUUAUGGUCUUGGGGUCCUUUUAACUUUGAAGAAUGUAUCAAUGAAAGUCUCAUGUAUGCUGCUUUAUAGACUGUAUAUACACAGCAGCAGGCCUUCUGUAUGAUUCUUGGCCUGUUUACUAUGUUCUAUUGACAUUGAUGGCAGAGUCCCCUUCCUCAGUUUACGGUCACUCCCCAGCUGGAGAUGAGGAAGUGGAUCGGAACCAACGCUGUCCAAUGGUCUUGGGCUUUAUUUUCUAAUCAUUAAUCUUAGAGCCAGUCAGAAGAAAAAAACAUUACACUUUUGUAUGGCACAUUUUCUUAAUCUCGCACACUCAGUAGAUCUGCAGGAAGGUAUGAAUUGUAUUAAAUCUGUGGAAAAAAGGCAAACACUGAUUUAUUUCUGAAUGACACUUAUUCUUAAAAGCUGAAUGCUCUGCAUCAAUCACUCCCAAAUACAGGCUUAUAGUCACUAUUUAAGACAUUCCUUACCUUGUCCACAUAGAUUAGUAUUCUGGCUGUUACCAAUAUGUUUUAAUCACAAUAAUGAUGUAGAGAUCAUGACAUGUUAAAGUUGCAACCAAUAUGAAGGUAACAGCAGUGCCUUGGAGGUAGACUACAGCAAAGAUCCUUCAUUACUCUGCUUUAACCUCUGACUACAGUGCUUAGGUAAGGAUGACCCAUUUUGACUCAACAUGAAACCACAAACUGACUUAUUCUAAAAAAAAAAAAAAAUUAAAAAAAAAAAGAAGAGUACUCCAAUAGUCUCAUUUAGGAAUAAAAAGGAAGUUGUGGUAACUGGCCUUGGUUGCUCAUGUUUGCAAAAAUUGACUUCCUCCGAGGCAGAGCUGACAAAUCUCAACUUCAGGAUGUAAAACAUCCUUACAUAUUAGUUCUACCUGUGCACUAAAAAUCAUUUGCCGUUUACAUGCAGGAAAUGCAACCUUGUGUUGCGCUACACAUACUUACACAAAAUGCUUUUUUUUUGGACACAAAAUAUUACUGCACUGUAUUGGACUUCAGAAAAACUGCAGUACAAGAACUGUAAUUUCAGUUACUUUGUACGGAGCAGGUGAGUGCAGCCUAGCAAGUCCUAGCCAAUAUAUCCAGAAAGUACAGGAUUUGGAAACACAACACCAGGAAACUAGUUUGCAGAACUAGCUCAUAAACCACCCUGCUGUGGUGGCAACAUGGGCAGGAGUUCACACAAGGAAACCAACUCAAGCAAACAAGCGCCAACAGGACACCGGCAGCCUGAAGGGUCUUCACAAAGUAGUCAAAUGUAUCGACCAAUUCAACUGUGCACACACCAACAAGGACACCGAUACUGGCAACACCGUGUGCUCAGGACAGAACACACUGUAUUAAGGAAGUCAUGGGACAUUUGGAAAAGAGAUGCCAUUUGCUGAUAAUUAACACAUGACCAUAGGAAUAGACAGUAAAAAAAUAUUUAUUGAAAGAGUUUAAAAAUUUUAGACAAUACAAUUAUUGUUUUUCUUUAAGCUCACAUAAUUGGGUAACAGGGGAAGAGGGCAAUGCCACACUCAUUGCCAUUGUUUCUUGCAAUCUUGAUGUAGCCCCUUUCGCCAUAACCUCUGCCCCAGCUGUUGAGGAAAUAAAACACUUCAGUAUCAAAA